UGGAGUGCCGGCCCCGUUGGUUCUGGCGCUCCCUUAGGAGGAGGACCCCACCGCCUUGGGCCAUGUGCAGAGUGCGCGAUCCGCCGGAUCCGGGCAGGCGCGUCCUCCCGUUAGGAGAAGGAGCUUUGACUUCGGAGGAGGAUGACUUCGGGCAGCGUCCGGUUCCCGAGGAACAGCCGCGCUAGUCCGGGGCGGCAAAACCGCCGAAGAAUCCUGUGUCACCGGGAAGGCUGCCCCAUUUGUUCCAGCGCAGAAGAAGCGGAGCUGCGCCCUUCUCGUUCUCCGUUCCCGCUGCUUGCUGGCAGCCAAGAUGUGAAGGGGCAUGGAAUUGGCCUCGUUUGUGAUGCUGUGUCUGCUUUUCCUCCGCGCGGCUGAACAGGCCGAAGCCUUCGUUUGCCAGAUCUUCUCCCCGCAAAGAGCCAGUUGCCGGGGCCAGAAUCUGGUGAAGGUCCCUUCAAAUCUCUCCAGCGCUCUGGAAUUUUUGGACCUGUCGUACAACAAGAUCAAGUCGGUCACAUCCGGGGAUCUGUCCGCCUUGAUCCGCCUGAAGGGUCUGGACUUGGGUUAUAACAACAUCGUGUCGGUGGCGCGCGACGCCUUCUCCGCCAACGUCCUCUUAGAGCAGCUCAUCCUUUUUAACAACUCGCUGAGGGAGAUUCCUUCCCAGGCCUUGAAGCCGCUCAAGAACCUGAAGGUGUUGUCCAUGUCGAACAACCUCUACCCCCGCGCCACCCUGGACGCCACGUUCGGCGCCCUGAAGAACCUCGAAGAGCUUUCGAUGGGAGGGCCUGCCAUCGCCACGGUGGGACGGGAGGAUUUCCUGCCCUUGGAAGCCGUUCCUCUGAAGAAGUUCGCCCUGAAAACCGCCUCCAGUUUGAGGGAGUACCAAAGAGGGGCCUUCUCUAAGCUCAACACCUCCGCUUUGUGGUGCGACAUCGCUCUGGACAACUACGCCGAGGCUCUGCCCCUCAUCCUUCGGGACUUACGGGGAAAGCCCCUGAAGUACCUACGCUUCCGUAAUCUUUUUAAGUUCACCUACUACACCGACGCCACGGACCUUUUCUCCAGCUUGGCCGAGGUAGACGUUGAGGAGUUAGUCUUUUUCCGGGGGAAAUUCAACGAGAACUUGCUGCGUUUGGUCCUCCAGAAUGUCCAGAAGUCUCCCAUCCGGGACCUCUCGUUCAUCGCUAUCGAUUUCGCUCGGUCCCCUGAGUGGAAGCCCACGGAAGCCGGCGUCGCCAACCUCACCCUCCGCCGCCUUGUGCUGAAGGACAUCAGCAACCCGGACAUCCUGCGCUUUGACUGGACCUUCACCUGGUUCGCCGGCGUGACCUAUCUUUCCAUCCUUAACGUCAACUUUAAUUUUGUGCCGUGCGACGCCUGGGAAGAGAUGAGGAACCUGGUGGCCUUGGAUGUUUCCAACAACCGCUUGACGGACGAGUAUAUCUACAACGAGGCCUGCCUUUAUCAGGGCAUCGUCCCCCAUCUGGAGCAGUUCAACCUGAGCUACAACGCCUUGGCCCGCCUUGGAACGGUAGCCAGGCUGACCGCCCACUGGCCCCGACUCUCUGCCCUGGAUCUCAGACACAACCAAAUUGGGAGCGCCAAUGAUUUGCCCUGCACUUGGACCCGCAGCCUCGUCUGGCUCACCUUGGCUUACAACGCGGUUACGACGGACAUCUUCCGGUGUCUUCCCACCACCCUGAGCUUCCUGGAUUUGUCUCAUUCGCAGCUGGAACGGCUGGAGAUGGGCUACUUCGAGGCGGCUGUGGACCUCCAGGAACUGCUGCUGACCGGGAACAAGAUCAAGUUCAUUCCAACCGAGUGGCGAUGUCCAAACCUGAAGCUCUUGGCCGUGGACGGCAACUCGUUCGGCGUCAUCGGCCGAGGCUCCUUCGUCAACAUGCCCCGCUUGACUCAGCUCAAAGCAGGGAACAACCCAUACCAAUGUGUCUGUGAUCUCCACCGUUUCCUCCAAGAGACCUUUGGGAACAGGAAGCUGACGCUGCUGGACUGGCCGCACGGGUGGACUUGUUACCACCCAGAACCCCUGCUGGACACUCCAGUGGCGGCUUACAACCCAUGGGUGACAGAAUGCGAUGUCACGGUGGUGGUGGCCAUUGCCGUCUCCAUCACAGCCACGGUGAUCGUGGUCUGCAUGGUUCUGUGCUGGAGGUUCGACCUUCCGUGGUACCUCAAGGCCACGUUCCAGAUCGUUCGCUCCAAAUACAGGGCCGGCCGCUCCCAAGGGUCCCGGCCUUUUACCUACCACGCCUUCAUCUCCUACAGUUUCUCCGACGCCGAGUGGGUGAGGCGGGAGCUCCUCCAGAAGCUCGAGGCUUCAUCCCCGCCUUACCACGUGUGCAUCCACGAACGGGACUUCACGCCGGGACGCUGGAUCAUCGACAACAUCAUCGACAACAUUGAGAAGAGCCACAAGGUCAUCUUCGUCCUCUCGCGGAGUUUCGUGGACAGCGAAUGGUGCAACUACGAACUCUACUUUGCCCACCAGCGGGCAGUCGGGCUUGGCUUUGAGGACGUGGUCCUGGUGGUGAAGGAAGCCAUAGACCCCCAGGCACUGCCCCACAAGUUUUACAAACUGCGGAAGAUGUUGAGCGCCAAGACCUAUCUGGAGUGGCCGGCCGAACCCACCCGACAGGCCUUCUUCUGGCUCCAGCUGACGUCGGUCCUGGGGAAGCCCGCAAGGGUCCACAUGGAGCCGAAGGACCAUCCAGAACACGCCGAUCCGAGGCCGGGUGGGGUGGCCGCCUCUCAUCGGGAGACAGGCAGUUUCACCGAAGGAAACUCUGCAACGGACGUCCCUUUGGAAGUCAGGAAAAGCCAAACGUAAGCCGACACUGUGCCAAAAGAUUUGAGUUUUCUUCAACCAGUGCCACCCUGGCUUGCGUAGAAUCAGCAAAGGGCUUGUAGGCGAGUGGUCGCCCCCAGAUGUAGCAAAGGUCAAAGGUUCCCAAGGUCGAAGCCCUGGGAUUGUUUUGGUCUGCCGGGAUGAUCUUGAUCGCCGGCCACUCCGGCGGGUGCGGAGAAAUGUGGAGUUGGAAACGAGUUCAAAGGCCAUCCGGCCCAACCUCCAGCAAAUGUGGGAAAUCCCUCUGAGCUUAGGGGCAGCCCCACAUGUUGGGGUCCCUCCCCUGGAGCUUGAACUGUUCUAGGGACCCCUUUGCAACCAGCAACGAGGUCUGGGUCACCCCCGUGAUGGUCGUCAAUGGGGGUCGAUCCACAACAAAUCACCACCCUUUCUAAAAAGAAUGUGGGACUCUAGGAGCUUCUGGGGCUCCUUCGGGAGCCGGAAGCUUAAGUUUCAUUAGUUUUAUCAUAACUCACGAGAACAAUAGUAAAUUUUCGUCCGGGACACUUCCUUGCUGCGUUAAAUCACCCCGUCGCUCUACGACAUCAUGCCAGGAUGAUUUGACCUUCGGACAGGAGAGCCACCUACGUUCGAGUGGCCCUUUGGAAUGACCAUUUCUCCAUCACAUGUCUGGUGUAUCUGUAUUAUUUAUUUUAAUUUUAUGGAGGCUGAUAGGACACAAACGCUGUCCACGAACAGUUUUUGAUACCGUUUCCCUAGAUUUUGGCUGAUAGGGACUCGUAAGGUCGCCAUUGUCCCUAAUUUGCCCCAGAAUUCUUCUGACAAGUUUUCCAAACUGCCUUAUCAAUGGCUUUUAACCAUUCCAUACCCAGCCCUCUUUUCAUCCUCUCCGACCUUCGAGUUCUGGGGACACAGAAUAAUUGACCAUAAAAAUGUGGAAGGGCCUGACUCUUAACUCCGACACCAGAUGCCAGGGAGGCCUCAAAGGAAAGGUGAUGCCCUGCCCCUGAAAAGCCUCAAAGCCUCAGGCGUCUGGCCUAAGCGCCACCCUGGAGGAAUUUGAACCUCGGUUUAAUGUUUUUAUAGGAGACAGGGCUGGGCGCUGUGUGGCUCCAGGCGCUUCCUGUUUGCUAGCAAACAUGCUCUAGAAAGGAACCGGCAUCCACCUUCUGGACCGCCCAAUCUGAUGUGUUGAGAUUUUUGUCUGAUACAGCAUCAGUGGCAAGCCUUAUAGGGAGUGGUGAGCCGUAAAAUCGCCGGGGUCUGGGAAAAUGUUCAAGGACUCUCUUUUCAGAGGUACAGUAAGACUGCGGGAUCGGUGCACCACCCCCUGUGGAUGCUGGAAAUAGCAGAUAAGUGAAGCACAUCCGGUUUUCUUCAUUGUCCGUGCACCGUUCAGAGAGAAAAGCCUGUCCUGCUCUUGCCAAAGGACUGGGAUUCCUGCUCUCUUGUCUGCAAGGGAACUUUCCCUGAAACCAGCGACUGCCACCACCGCCACCCUGUCCCACCGUGCACAUUUCCCUUAAAACGGCUUCCCUCGGAGAAAUCAGACCACCGGUGUAUUUCCAUUAGUCUCUGGUUCCAUCUAGUGGACAGUGGUGGUAAUACACCUUGGAAACAUGUAUUUCUGGGUUUUAUUGGGUUUUAUUUAUUCAGGCAGUGGAUAAGUGAAACAGUGGGUUCUGAUCCCACAGACAUGGGAGUCCUGCCUCUUUAGACUUUAGAGGAGA